CUGGUUCCUCUGGUUCCUCUGGUUCUUCUGGUUCCUCUGGUUCUUCUGGUUCCUCUGGUUCUGAUCUGGUGAGAGGAGAGGAGGAGAUGAAGACGAUGGAGAGAUGAAGGAGACGAGUGGAUCUCUGGACGUGACACUUCGGUCAAACAGAUGAAGGUUCACAGAAAGAUCCUGGUGCACUACCUGUCCUGCCCCUCCCCCGUCGACAAGGAGGGAUACCUCUUCAAGAAGAAGGAGCGUACGGGAGCGUUCCAUCGCCGCUGGUUCGUGUUGAAGGGAAACCUGCUGUUCUAUCAGGAGCGUCCCGCGGACCGACACAUAGGGGGCGCCAUCGUCCUGGAGGGCUGCGCGGUCCGGACCGAGGACUCGGACCGGGACUUCAGCCUGGUCUUUGAGGGACUGCGCACCUACAGGCGAGACACGGAACUGCACCUGAAGCGGCUGCAUCCAGAUCCUCCAAAAACACCACAGUCUGGAGCAGGAAACAAACAUGAGCACAUUUCCUCCACACUGAAGAAAAAUGGAAUUAAAAUCCAUCCAUUUUCUUCAGUUUAUCCAGGGACUGUGGCAGAAGUCCUCCCACAGCGGACAGCCAGACGCCUCCAGAGCCGCGUGACGUCGAACCAACUCAGGACCAGUGACCUCGUGCUGACCCCGCCCCCCCUCUCCGACCCCGCCCUCCCCCAGGCCACGCCCCCCAGCGCCGCCGCCACAGCCGCCGUCACCCUCAGGCCCCUCCCCCGGAAGUCGCCCAAACUCUGGGCGCGACGCAACGCCCACGUGACGCCCAUCAACGGCCCCGCCCCCCUGUCCAGCGAGUGGCCCGACGUCGACUUCAACCCCCUGCAGGAGUUUCAGAAGAUCCACGAGUUCUACGGACGAGAAGUACUGCGAGCGAGGGACGAGUGGGAGAGGACGAGGGAGGAGGGGACGAGGGAG